AUUCACGGACAGAACUUCUUCAGCCUUAAUGACAUGAGCAGUUGUCAUCACUCUCGACGACGUUAUGAUAAUUAACUGGCUUGUGUAAAGCGCGAAGAGUUGUUUAAAUACACUGUACAGGACUUAGCAAAACCUAUUGAAAUUCUUGGUUUGCCUGAGAAUUUAGAUCAAUUUCUUCUAUAAUUCCUUAGAUUUUUCGUUGCACUGGUGAGCCUAGUGGUUCACUGGUUGUGAGAUGGGGGAUGCAGGACACAGUGGUUUUCAUUGGACAUUAGCUGAAGCUACGAGUAAGCAAGUCACUCAGAUCGGAGCCUCGGCAUGUGGUGCAACGGCAGUCAUAAAUACACUGAAAGUUCUCAAGAUUGAGAAAGACCAAGAGGAGAUAGCAUCAGCCGUCAACACCAGGCUACGGGCUAACAAUGCCCCACUGCCCGAGUACCUCUUCUCUCGUAGCAUUGCCGGAGUCACACAUGCCGAUAUUAUUGAAGGCCUGGAAAAGGCUUCAGGUGGAGAGGUCUUCUCCAGGUUCUUCCACCUGUACCCAAAGAGGGUGGUGAAUUUACCGAGCUGGCUGACUGGCUGGAUUAAUCAAGGAGCAGUUCCCAUAGCAACACUCAACCUCCAGCGAGUGAGUGACAGCAACAUUCCUGAUGCUUGGCAUCACCAGAUGGUGUAUGGCGUCACUAACGAAGGCGUGCACAUGUGCAACCCACUCAUUGUGGAGACAAUCCCCAACUUCAUCAAGUACACAAACAGUGACUCAGUACUUUUGAUUCGCAGAGUGGAUGUUAUCAGCCGGUGGCAAGAGGGCAUCGAUUUGUCUGUUCUCUCCCAGCGUGAUGAUCCAAGAUGGCAGAAUAUGGAUGUUGAAGGUCAAGUGAAGAAGAUGCUGAGUGAGCCUGAGCCAUACAGCCACUCUCCUGAGAGUCGUCCAGCAGGCCUGCUUGCUGAUUGGCUGUUCAAAAGCCACAUUAGCAUACCAGCAGCCUACCAGUCAGGCAUAACCUUGUGUGUGAGGAAGGACAAUGUGUCAGCCUACAAGCUGUUGACUGAAGAACCAGAACUGCCUGAGGCAUAGCCUGAGGCUGGACUUCAAGGAUGCCAUCAGUGCAGGGGAGGAACAAGUUGAUGUUUGGAGGAGGGACAGGGUGCUGUUGUAAGAGGAAAAUAUGCAGAGAUAGGGUAGCCAACAAGAAAGAGGGAUUCUAGGAGCCAGUUUGCUGGGUCUCAGUUUUGUAAAGGGGAGAGUAAAUGGGCUUAGUCAUAGUGUCAAGCGACACAAAGUUCUUCAAUUUACGAGAGGAGGGGGACAAAGGAAGUACUCUAUAUUUUUCCAGGGGUUAACAGCCCGUGCAUGCUUUUCAAAAAACUGAAAAAUGAAAUUAAAAGAAAUGGAUAACCCCUAAACCUCUGCAAAAAACAAGAUGUUCAAAGCAUACAUGUUUUUCUGCUAUACAGCUAAUACAUAGCAAGUAUUAACCAUUUCUUGUAGUGAAACCAAGUAUUCCUUGGGGCUGUAGCUUGUGAGGCUGAAGAAAUCAGUACAGAAGAGACAGUGAGGCUGUGUCCGAAACGGGCUUCCAGAGCUACGGCUAGGUCUAUUGUCUACGCGUCUCCACGCAUUUUCAAUGGAGCGAAGACCUAGAUCUAGCUCUAGACAAGAGAUUCGGAUGCAGCCUCAGAAGCAGUUGCAGUUUAGAUGUGUGAGGAAAACCUCUAGAAGAAUACUGAGGAAUCGGGUAGGGACUGAAAACCCUAACCACAAGUGGACGGAAGCAGGAAUCAAACUCAAGCCGCAGAGUUGACGGGCAAGGAAAGAUCCACUACGCCAGCCUGACUCCCUUAUCCUGACUAUACCUAUCCAAAUUUUCAUUGAGGAAUUUCAAUGUGGGGAUAUCACACAAGUCUGUAAUGUAGCGAAGUCUUGUCAGAUUGAACAUAUGCCCAUCAUGGUGGGGCUUAGCUGUGUGUGGAUGACUGCAUAAAUUUGUAUUGCUGGACUUGUGACCAUUUGUGAAAAAUUCAGACCUUACAAAAGUAUUUGAGAAGACAAAUCAACAAUACAUUGUACAGUUGAAUCACAGGGUCAGAGAACUCAACUAAAUGGGAAAUGGUAAAGGGUAACUUAAACUGAAGUUGUGAUUGAUGGUGUGUUGGAGUUCUGAAACUGUCAGAAAUGUCGAAAUUGAUCUUUCAACUCGUUUUGCGUCUGGGCUACUCAGAAAAGACAUGUCACCUGAUGUAUUCAGCAAAUAUCUUUCCAGGAGAUUUUGUUCUGUUAGCGGUGUUCAUCUUUUGAGAUAUAUCUUCUGAACUUAAACAUUGAAAUCAUAAAUUAUUGGUGAGCAGGUUAUCCCCUUAUCAAGUUUAGGUAGGACUCAGAUGUAGUAGAAAAUUAGCCAAACACCAACCUGGGGUGUAAAAAACAAUUUGAAUACUUUUCACGCCAAUUUUUCUGCAAAUCUUUGAAAUGCCCAGUCAAGAUGACCUGUUCAAAGCAAUUAUGCACUUUUCAUUUGAAGCAACAAAGUAUGUGUGUGUGAAAAUAACUGUAAAGAUUGCUCUUUCGCAAAGAAUUAUAUUUUACUUUUACAUUCAGUUUCAGUAUUCUUCUAAGUUUUAAAAAUAAAUGUCACUGAGGUGAGACUAA